AUGCGCGCGGACGCAGUUCUGCGAAACGCGGAGGCAGCGGGUCAGCAGGAGCAAGAGGCACAGCGCCUGCGAGACGGACACCGGGAGGGAGGGGUUCUGAAAUCCAUGCAAAUUCCCAUAGAGGAAGCAGGGCAGCAGGAGCCAGAGUUGCAGCGCCUGCGAGAUGGACAUGGAGAGGGAGGUGCGGCAUGGUUGCGGGCCGAGUUGGAGGCCAAGAACUACACCGACUUGCGACGGCUGUGCGCUGAGUUGGGACUGCCGCAGAAGCGCGACGGUGAAGCAGGGCAGCAGGAGCCAGAGGUGCAGCGCCUGCGAGAUGGACAUGGAGAGGGAGGUGCGGCAUGGUUGCGGGCCGAGUUGGAGGCCAAGAACUACACCGACUUGAAGCAGGGCAGCAGGAGUCAGAGGUACAGCGCCUGCGAGAGGGACGUGGAGAGGGAGGAAGCAGGGCAGCAGGAGUCAGAGGUACAGCGCCUGCGAGAGGGACGUGGAGAGGGAGGCGCGGCAUGGUUGCGGACCGAGUUGGAGGCCAAGAGCACUUCCGACUUGCGGAACGCGGAGCCGUCCUUGGUGGAUAUAGCUUCGGAGUUGGGCCUACCUUGCGAGCAUAUGCAUCGGAACAGGCUGGUGGAUAGCAUCGUUCUAUCGCUCUGUCCGCUGCGAGCACCCGGGGCGGAAGAUGAUGUGAGGUAUCACUUUUGGCGCUGGCUCGCAGAUUGCCGGACCGUUCCUGCAGCAGACCUCGUAGCAAAGGCAUCUGUCAGUUUUCCUGCGACACAGCUACGGCGAUCCACGCUUAGUAUUUGCGAAGAUGUUCCGUUGGAAAGUAUUGAGAGGAGGCAUGGAAGCGCGGCCGCGGAGCUGGAGCAAUUGAGCCAGGCCACCGUUGCCAUCUUGCAACACCUUUCUGCUUUGAAUGUUCAGUUUCCAGCUGAAGUGCCAGAGACUUGGACCACUGCGAUGGAACAACUGCAAAGCAUCAGAUGGCCAGACUGUUUGCCUGGAUUACAGUGCAGUAGUUUGCUGGCUGUGUUGUUGGAGAAUCGGCCGCUACAGCGCAGAGGUUGGUGGCAGUUGGUGGAUUGCUGGGAUCGCGCAGAUCCAGUGGAUGUAGCAGAGCGACUGUGGAGCCUGGCCACAUGUCAUCAAGCUGGACCAGCAGUGGAGCCAGACAGUGGCUUCCAGGAUCGAGAAGAUGUUUUGGAGGUGGGUCGGCAGAAAGCGUGGGACUUUUGCGAGGUUUAUGUGGACGUUUGGUUCGGAGAAACAGCGGUCUUGGGCGCACUGAAGCACAAGCACAAGAGUCGUGGAUAUGAUGAGGCAGACAAACUCUUGUUGCGCACUUUGAUGCGGCGCUAUGGCUGGGAAAGACAUCUGGACGAGAGCACAUCGCGCACGUGGAUGGAAACCUUUGAAGCAGUCAAGAAGGCAGAGGAUUGGUCUCGUUUUGCUUGGUUUCUGGUCGCGCACUUGUUGCACCCUGCUUGUCCUGAGAGUUUGCGUGCGUGGCACAAUCCGGUGACCGUUUUGGAGUCGAGAUUAGACCGCAGUGGUAUAGCCCAGGAGGUGGUUGCUUUGCACGAUGACUUGUUGGCCUGGCAAGAUCUCCACGGGUGUUCUUCGUUGCCCGAGAAGAAGCAGCAUGCAGACUUGGCGAAGAGGGUGGUCAAAUAUUUCAACAGCAGGGAGGCGCGUGUGAGGACCCUCCAGAAAGCUUAUCCUGCAGACUUUGCGCCGUUGCCUGGUUACAGAGUUGAGUGUUUGUCCGUGGAAGGCGAUUCCCUGCGCGGUGUACUCUGGCGGUCUGCAGCUGAACGUGCUCUGAUGUUUUCGAUCCCUGGAUGGAGAGAAGAGGGCAAGGGCAAGGAGGAGUUUCAUCCUUUGCAGGAUUUCUGUAAGCAUUGGUUGCCAGAAGCAGACGAGAUGGAGUGUCUUGAUUUGUUGACGAACACACAGCGCCCUGUCGCGUGGAAGCUCGAGCAAGUCGCGAGACGAUUGGACUGUUCACCCACGGUUUCUGGUGCGCAAGAAGCCUUAGCCAAGCGCUUACUGCGAUCUUUCCCUGAGGAUGCAGGUGAAUGCCUACAGAAAUUCUGCUGUAGAUUGUGUCCAACCGACUGCGCAGAUGCAAAGUCCUUCAAAGAGCACGUCGCACAGGAGCACGCUGGCGUCGGGCUGCAAGAUACUCCCCGGAUGCUGAUUGAGUAUCGCAAGAAGAUUCUCGUACCAGGUAUGAGCAGACAGAGGACAAUAGCUGCCAACUUUGAUGAGCGAUUGCGUUGCCCUGCAGGCACGAGUGAGGAGGGCCGAGUGGAAGCUGCCUGUGUGGUGUGUGCUCGACGUUUUUGGGCGCAUGAGUUGAACAAGGUGCUACUCUUCACCGAUCCUGCCCAAGCAGAAGGGCUACCACAGCUCCCGGAUGGAGUGGAUGCAGCAGUCCGUCCAUCCCAGCAGCAUCGACUGUGCCGCCUGCUGGGAGUUCCACGCUAUGCUGAGCGCUGGCCGCACAUUGCUUUGGAGGAGUUGCAGAAGUCUGCCGUUGAACAUCCUUUCCUCCCAGGUGAAUAUGUGCUCUUGCACCGGCGGCGCAUGCCGGAAGACCCCCGACAGCGGUCCGCUGUUUGCCGGGACUGCCGCACCAGCCUGACAGCCCAGGUUCUGACCUUGCCGCGCCAUGCCCUGGCGAAUGACCUGUGGCUUGGCAGAGCCUUGCCAGAGCUUCGUUCCCUCUCCGCGGGGACGAAGCGGCUCUUGCCCCUGGUGCGUGUGUGCAUGCAGGUCACCGUCCUGCAGCCGGUGGUGCUUCCCCAUGCCGAACGGCAGAAGGGCUUCAUCGGGAACACCAUCUUUUUGCCGCAAGCCAGUCCGUCCGCAGUCGAAGCAGUGUUGCCACCCCGCGCAGAGGACAUGGCCGAGCACAUCUUGUUCGUCUUGGUGGGCCACAACAGAGGCGACCUGCGAUCGUCGGCCACGAUGCAGGCACCUCGAGAGGAAUACGUUGCCGCUGUCGAGCGCCUCCGGCAAACUUCAAAGUACUACGCGGAGGCAGCGGUCGAUCUCAGUCGAUGGUCUGGCCAGGAGGAGACUAUGUUUGAAGGCUGUGUCCUUGAGACGGACGCAGAGAGCUAUUUGGCGAAAGAGCUCUUACAACGGAGACCGGCGGACGCUCAAGGCCAAGAGAGCAGCCAGCAGGAGGAGGGCGACGCUGGCAUGGCGGAGGACACGGCGGAGUCCGGCGAGCGAGCACACGAAGAUUCAGGACAGUUGCGCUUGGUCUGUGGGUUGGUAGGUCAUCUGAUUUCCAGCGUUGUCGGCCUGAAUGACACCUCGGACGAUGAGAAUCGUUGGUUGCGGGUUUGCCGAGACGUGGAGGAUCUUUGUCGUCGAAAGCCUCGACAGUGUGACACUGAUGCAGAGCUGGUCGUGCGCAAUCGGGCCAACAAUGACCUGGGUGUGGGUGCUGCGCAGAUGGAAGGAGCAAAUCUACUGGGUCGAGAAGGUGCGCACGAACGUGGAGUCCUUCAUCGCAUCCGCCAGGUCCAGACUGUGGCCGCGCAUGGGGUGGAGACAGAGCGACAAGCGCAAGGGCAAAUGUUUGAGGUCAGGCCACAGAAGUUGGUGGUGCCUUCUCGAGAUACCCCUCUGAGCAUGUUUGAGCCAGGGACCUGGGCAAUGGCUUUUCCUACGUUGUUCCCUUGGGGUGACGGGGUGCCUUUCUUGAAGAGGGAGACGAGCGUGGAAGCUUCUGAAGUGUUUCGUUAUUUACUCGUACGCGAAGACCUCCAGUACAGCGGUGAUGCAGGUGUUGAAGAUGAGGAGCAGUUGCUCCCGACGAUGUAUGAUGUCCAACGUCGUUUGACGUUGAUGCGGACCUCCAAGGCCUAUGUCAAGAGGAGUGGCUUCGGCCGCCACUGCUCGGUCAUAGCCUCCGUGACCUCCGAGCACCUCCUGAAGGCUAUGGCGCUGCACGGGGAGAAAGCGGACAUCCGCGAGUUGCUCCGCUCUCCGGACGUGGACGUGCCGCUCAAGCGCGCACUGGGUAGUGUCCUGCAGGCCAGUUCCAACGUUUUGGGCACAGAAGGUCACCGAUCUCAGAUCCGUCUGCGAGGCCACGCAGCUGGGUGGCAUUACGGCCCAAGUCACAUUUUUGUGACACCGAACUUGGCGGACUCGCGAGCUUCUCUGCUUUUGCAAUUGCAUCUGCAGGGGGGCUCGCGAGUCGAGGCCUAUGAGGUCGACCUGGCCUGGGACCUCGAGGCACCUGCACUGCCCUCGCUGAGCGCAAUGCGUCGCAUUCUAGCUGCCGACGAGUGGCCUUAG